GCUUAAAACACUUUUGGAAGGCGAUGCGAAUUUCUGCUGCAGUAAAGUUGAUCCUCAAAGGCCUUUAAACACCAUUUAUAAGAACUCUUCGAAGUUCGAUGUUUUACAGACGAAAGAUAGAAGUAGGCGUCGAAGACAGAUUCAGGAAAUGUCUACGAUUGGUUCCCUAUAAGUGACAUGAAACCACAGAAAUAAGUGCAGACUGAGGGAAAACCUCCUGAUCUAUACGAAUCGGAUACUGUUGCAAUUGUUCGGUACUUAUUACUACAAUUAAAUAACAAUUAUUAGUAAAACUGUAAGUCAAAAUUCCCCUGGCUGCUAAACCCUUACAGUUAAACUGCGCAUGCGCGGUUCGGCUCGAGGGCGGUAGUUUGUGAUCGGGGAUCAUCAUGUAGUGACGCUACAGCCACGCACAGGGGCAUCGGGGUUAAAAACGGACACUACACACACCUUUCUGCCUUAUUUCCACCUGGUCUGUUUGGGUCACAGACGCGCUCUUUAGCUGUCUUCAGUGUUUUACUCUUAUUUAUAUAUAUAUCACGCACCAUGGCUACACUCCGGGCACUGCGGAAACUAUGCCGGCAUUCUCAUCACCAGGCAUGUAGUUUUCAUUUGUCAUCUUCAAGACAGGAAGCUGUGAUCAUCUCCGGCAGGAAGCUGGCACGGCAGAUCCGCAGCGAGGCGCGAGCCGACGUGGAGGAGUGGGUUGCCGCUGGAAACCGCCGACCUCACCUGAGCGUAGUGUUAGUGGGCGACAAUCCAGCCAGUCACUCGUACGUCCUCAAUAAGACCCGCGCAGCGGCAGAAGUGGGCAUCAGCAGCGAGACCAUCCUGAAACCUUCUAGUAUCAGUGAGGAGGAGCUGCUCGACCUGAUCACCAAACUCAACACUGAUCACAGGGUCGAUGGGCUGCUGGUGCAGCUGCCACUUCCUGAUCACAUUGAUGAGCGACGGGUGUGUAAUGCCGUCUGCCCAGGAAAAGAUGUCGAUGGUUUCCAUGUGGUCAACGUUGGUCGCAUGUGUCUGGAUCAGUCCACCAUGUUGCCUGCCACUCCCUGGGGCGUUUGGGAGAUUAUUAAACGGACCGGCAUACAGACGCUGGGUAAGAAUGUGUUGGUGGCCGGUCGCUCCAAGAACGUCGGGAUGCCCAUCGCAAUGCUGCUGCACACAGACGGAAGACACGAGCGGCCGGGAGGCGACGCCACAGUGACCAUCUCCCACCGUUACACUCCCAGAGAACAGCUCCGUCAGCACACGAAAAUCGCCGACAUCAUUGUCGCCGCUGCAGGUAUUCCUAACCUCAUCACUGCUGAUAUGAUAAAGGAGGGCGCAGCUGUUAUAGAUGUUGGGAUCAACAGAAUAUUGGACCCCUUGACUGGGAAAAACAGACUGGUUGGUGACGUGGACUUUGAAGGUGUUAGAAAGAAGGCCAGCUUCAUUACUCCAGUCCCAGGCGGUGUUGGACCGAUGACUGUAGCCAUGCUGAUGAAAAACACCAUCAAGGCAGCAAAAAACGUCAUUUUAACGCCUCCUCAGCGUGUGCGGAUGGUGGCGUCCUCAUAACGCCCUCUUCUCGCUCACUUCACAUUCCACACUCCGGCUUCAGUUUCUUUAAAUGCUAUUUUUGCAUCCCUUAAUCUAGUUCUAAAUAUAUAUAUACAUAUAUUCAAGGGUUUGAGAAAAUGAAUGUGCUUUUUCAUUCUGAUAUUUUAAACAAAAUAUACAUUUUGUGUAUAUUUUUUCAGUUACUUUGCCAAGCAUUAGACACAGGUUUCACUUUAUUUUUACUCUGUUACAGUUUUGCUUUUUCAGCAUUUUGUAUGUUUAAAUAUUAAAAUAGGAUAUUGGGAGAUGUUUUGAAGCAUAUUUAUUAAUAAGAAACACAUCAGAAAUGUUCCAGCACAGCCUCAGUCCGUGUGAACACAGUGUUGUUCCUGCAGCACUGAUAUGAAUGAGUCACAUGACCAAUACUGGUCAAUAGUUGUGAGUCAGCAUGCAAGAUAACUGGCCAGAUGACCUUUGCAAUGACCGUUUACUCAUCUAGGGAAUACCUGUGACUGAACUGACCCAUCACUUUUAUUUUAUUUAUUUGGAGUUUGGAGCAAAGAGUGAUGAUGAUGAUGAUGAUGAUGAUGAUGAUGAGGAAAUGCAGAACAUAUUUGGUCUUAGAGAAUGAGAGAAAAUUCGGCUGAAGUUAGAUGAAAAAUCUUGCCAGUUUGGUGCUUUUUUUAGCUGUAUGUUCCGGUGACAUGAUCCAGUCUCACUGAAAUCAUAAUUGUUUUGCAUACUAACAUGUAAUGCUUUGAAGCAUCAGAUGCAAACAGAUUGUUUUAUUUGAAUCCUCUUAGUCUGUUUAUAUUGUACAUGUUUUAUUAAAAUGUAGUAAUUAGUA